AUGCCUACUAAUGCUAUGCACCGUAACUACCGUAAGACGUUCAAGACGCCUCGCCGACCCUACGAAAAGGAACGUUUGGAUGCCGAACUUAGACUUGUUGGAGAGUACGGUCUUCGAUGCAAGCGCGAAAUCUGGCGUGUUCAAUAUGCUCUUGCCAAGCUAAGAAAGACUGCCCGUACCCUUCUUACACUAGAUCCUAAGGAUCCCAAGAGAAUCUUUGAGGGAGCUGCCCUUCUUCGCCGUAUGAGCCGAUACGGUCUUCUUGAGGAUGACGAGCUUGAGUUGGAUGCUGUCCUUCAGUUGUCCACCCAAAAGUUGUUGGACCGUCGUCUUCAAACAAAGGUGUACAAGCAAGGCCUUGCCAAGUCCAUCCACCACGCCCGUGUGUUGAUCCGCCAACGUCACAUCCGUGUUGGAUCUCAACUCGUCAAUGUUCCAUCUUUCAAUGUCAGAACUGCAUCUGAAAAGCACAUUGACUUCUCUGUGAACUCCCCCUAUGGACAAGGGAAACCAGGCCGUGUUGCCAAGAAGCGCGCAGCUUCCAGAGCCGCUGCCGAUGAUGAAGAGUAA